AUGAGACCCGAACAGAUAGUUCACCAACAAUGGCUAUUUAAUUACAUUCUAAAAAGGGAGCUUAAGGCGGUUUCAUUUAUUAUUUCAAGGAUGCCAACAACAUGUGGAUUUCCAAACUGCAAGUUUCGGUCGCGUUAUAAAGGCUUUGAGGAUAAUCGACACUUUUAUCGAGUACCAAAGAAACCCUCAACUCUUCGAGCAAAGUGGCUGGAAGCCAUAGGUCGAACAGAAGCCAACAUUGUCAGUCAGUUGCGCAUAUGCUCGGGUCACUUUCAUGGUGGUGAAAAAAAAGAGGGUGAUAUACCAGUUGCUGAUCCCGCUAUCGAUCCACCGAAACGAAUUGAAUUACCCUCGAAAAAUCCACGCCUCCCUGUAGGAUCUUCUUCGUCAUUUGUUCGUAACUAUCCCCGAGGUGGCUCAUCGAAUGCUUCGCGUUUUCGCGGUAGAGGGAGGGGAAGUUUGCCCCUCAAACUGAUUCCUCCACGCUUCGUAUCACCCAUUCCACCACCAACUUCGCUUACAUCGAUGGAAGUUUCGAUGCCGGGUAUGAAUCAAGAAGCAUUGAUGAAUGCAUGGAACAUGCUCUUGAAUGGAUCUCCAUAUCUACCUCCGCUCUCAACGAUUCUACAGAACAUUCCACAAAAUGCCAUUCUUCCAACUGCUGCGACUACUACUGCUCAGCCCAUAGACUCAUUAUAUUUAGUGAAAUUUAUUCGCUAUUUUCUUAUCAUUCGUUGA